UUAAUAAACAAUAUUCAUGAACAAAAGUGCUAUAUGUUAUGCAUCAUAAUUCAUAAUACCAAAUUGUUCAUACGUGUUUCUACACUAUUUGCUUCAUAUCAUGAUAUGAUUUUCAGUAUUUGUUAAUAUUUAUAGAAGUUCUGAUUUUUCUUAUAGUUCGGCAUCAAAAGCAACAUUAAAUCCUAUUCGAAUCAGUUUCGUAAGUAUCUUGGUUUUUUAUAAAUUAUAACCGUAAAAUUGCAUCUUUUUCUCGUUUUUUUUUUUAAAUCUGCAUUUUGCAUAGUGCCAUCAAUAGUUGUAAUCAAAACUUUAAAAACUCAGUUUAUAGUUUAUAGAUUAUUUAUGUUGUAUAGUAUAUUGUUUAAAAAUCAUUGAUAAAUUUAUAUGAUUUAUUUCUUUUUUUUUUUUUUUUUAAUGAAUAGGUAUAUAAAUUAAAAUGAAUUUUACACCAAGUAGAAAAUCUUUACCUACAGAUAAAUCUGAGAAAUCCUUAUACAUUCAUGACUUACAACUUUAUCGUGAAAUCCCUGAUAUUGAUGUCAAUUUGGAUGAGUUUGAAGAAUGGGCUAUUGAAAGACUAAAAGGUAAGAAAAUACAAAUUAGGUAAUAUUAUAUUAUUCAAAGAAUUAAAAAUACCGCCCAGUUUUAGAUUUGGAACGUAAGGAGGGAUUUAUUUGUUUUACUAUAAUGUCGAUUUUUUAAAAUUUUUUUUUUAUAUCUAAACAAUUUUUUAAAAAGACAUUUUUCUUUGAUGUAUAGAGUGUAGUACCUUUUCUGAAAGAAAUUUUUGUCUAGUUGGUAAAAUUAGAAUGGUCUUGAUUUUCCCAGGAGUUUUCAAAAUAAUUAUGAAAAACCUGAAAGAAAAUUAUAGGUAAAUGCAAAUAUUUACAGCACUGCAGCGUUACAGUUUUCAUGUUUUUGAUUUGUCUCCAUUUAUUAUCAAAACACAGACAAAGAAAGUAAUUUUCAUAAUAAUUGGGAAAACCCAAAAAAGAAGAAUAUAUAAUUUUUCAAAUUACAGCAUAACAAUUUCAUUAUUAAAAAUUUUAGUCCAAAUUUCAAGAAUAGCAUAUUUUCUGAAAGAAAAUUUUGUAUGAUUUGUAAACAAGAAAGUCGUUUGAUUUUCCAUAUAUUUUCCUGUUUUUAUUGUUUUUAUUUGGUCAUAAAUUAAUAUAGAUACUUGUAUUUUCUACAAAAUACUCAUAUUGGCCUUUUCUAAACAUGGUCAAAUUUUCAUACCAUUCUAACUAAUUUUAGAUUGAUUUUAGGUAUUUGAUAUUUUCGUGUUUUUAUUUGGUAGGUAUGUGUUAUUAAAAUUAUAUGACUUGAAGAAAUACUUAAAAAUUUAACACAAGGUUCUUAAUAAGUUGCAUUUAGUAAUUUAAAAAACAAAUUUGAAUUUAAUGCCUUAGUUUUUUUUUUUCCAUAAUCAUUUUUAAGAUCAAAUUUUUAUGAAAAUCAUGAAAAUUAUGACAUUUCAAAAUAUGUCUUACCUAACUUAACUUUCAAUUGUUUUUCGAUAGCAAUGGUUCAUUUAUGUGUACAGAUAUAUAUUAAAUAAUUAUGUAUCCAAUCUAAAUUCCCACCUACAACAGUGGCUACACCCAGCCCCAGCCCCAAUAUCAGCUUUUUUUUUUUUGUAAAUUUUAUAUUAUUUUUUAGUUUUACAAAUAUUAGAACAAUUAAGUUUGAAAGGAAAUACAAAUAAUUAUGAAGAAUAUACUAAAUUAGCAGUUCAAGAACUGAAGAAAGAAGGAUUAAAUCAUAUGUAUAAAUUGGUAUGUUAUAUACAGUUUAUAGAUUCCCACUAUAAAUCAUUUUUUUUAACAAUUAAGUUAUCUUAAUUGAAUUUCAAACAUUUAGUUUUUAAUCAAUAUAUAUGUAAUGAUAUAAUAUUGAAUAUGCAUACCUUUUUGUAUACAGGUCAACGGUGGAAAAUAUAAAGACUAUGAAGAAAAUUGUCUAGCAAGAAAAAGAGAUGUAUGUUCCCAUUUUAUUCUUAGACUAAUUUAUUGUAAAAAUGAUGAAUUGCGUAAAUGGUUUAUAUCCAGAGAAUUAGAUUUAUUUAAAUUACGUUGGUCAUUACUUUCAAAAACUGAUAAAUUACAAUUUUUAUCAUCCAAUAAUACUAAUUAUUCUGCAGUAAGUAAUAUUAAUUAUGUUUUAUAUUUAUAAUAAUAAUUAAAUACAUAUAUUGGAAUAAUAAAUUAAAACAACAUUGAAUAAACAUAAUAUUUCUUAUUACUGUAAUCUUUGACAACAUUUCAAUAUGUUUUGUUUUUAGCAUCCAUAUUUUAACAAUAAUAAAUGAUUUUAUAACUCAGUAAGGUAAAAAUAUUAACUUAUUCAUAUUAAUUUAUUUUUUCAGUUAUUUAUAAAUAAUAUAUAUUAUUGAUAUACAUUAGAGUUGUCCUAAUUUUGCCAAUUUCAAAAUUUCCUUUGGGACAACCCACUUAUACCAUAAUACAAAUAAAAAUAUUCUCAAAAUAAUAUAUUGUGGAGACUUACAGUUUUAAUACCUAAUAAAAAAAAAAUUGUGUUAUGAAUAUAAUGUAUAAACGACCACAGAUCAUUUUAGAGGCAGUCAAUGGGGAUGAGGGAUAAUGAAGGGGACAUAUCUUUAUCCCUUAAGUCACUUUUUUUAAAAAUGUAUAAUAAUAUACAGGGUAAUUUUUUAAUCAUACUCAAUGUUUAUCCUAAUUUUAUUGUUAAAUUAUUCAUAAAUUCAAAUUCUGAUGUUUGGAAUUUUUAAGUGAAAAUGAUAUUUUUAAAUACUUAAAUUUUUUAUAACACUUCAAAAAUAACCCACAUUGAUAUCAAAUUUUAUUUUCAAAUGGUAACCUACAUAUUUCAAUUCAAAUUGUUAAUCAAAUGGUCUUUCUCAAAAUGUUAACUCAUAUUUUAAUCAAAAGUUUAAUAAAUAAUGAUCCAUCAACUAUUGGACUAAAUGUUCUUUUACAUGUUAUGUAUAAUAUUUUGUUUGUAUUAAAACUUGUAAUUGGGUAAAUCCUGUAUUGAAAUAAUUAUAUAAAAUUUAAAUCACAUGUUUCUGAAUUAUUUACUUUAAAUACUAAGUAUAAUAACUGCACAAUUAAAUAUAAGAAAUUAUCAGUGCUGUUCCCAUCAAUUUUUUUAAAAGUAUACUAUAACAUUCUGUGUUACAUCAAGUUUUUUAUAUUUGUUAUUGUGUACUGUUUAAAGAGAAAUAAAUGUAAAUUUAUAAAAAUUAAAUUAAAAUAUCUAAAAAAAAAAAAAAAAAACCAAAAAUUAAAAAUAAAUAAAUUAAUAAUUGCCAAUUUUUAGUUAUAAUUAUCGAAAUAAAUAAAGUAUGUAAUAUUAUGGUUUAAGUGAUAUAAGAUGAUAUGAACAGGCACUGAUAAAUAUAUAGUACAACAUGACAAGUUUGUUUAUUUUACAUUUUUAUUUAACUAUUUUGAUUAUCAAAACUUUUUUAGAGUAUAUGCAGUAUACCUGUGAUAUGUGUAGUAUUCCCUAUAUGAGCAUCACUGAAAAAUAUACAUUAAAUCAGUUGAUAUACAAUCCCUACAAAAUACUAUGAUCCUUAGUAUUUAAAGCAGAAUAACUCAAAAACUUUUCAUUCAAAUUUUGUUUACAAAGUGUCAAAAUGUUCAAAAAAUCAUCAUAUUAAUAAUUUUAAUCAAAACAUGUUAGUUCUCAUUUAAAAAACCAAAAUUAUUGUUGUCACGGGAUGAUACUCUUUAAAUGUUGUAAAAAGUAUACAAAAAUAUUGUCUUCAAUGCACUUAAUAAUUCCAAAAAUCAGAAUUUGAAUUUAUGCAUGAUAUAAAUAUAAAAAAAGAGUGAUCAUGUUUAAAUAGCAUUGUAUAUUAUAUUACAUCUUCAUAGUUAUAAAAAAAAAAAAUGAUAUAAACAAUAACUUGUCUUAAAAAUGAUCAAAUUGUUCUUAUCCCUCCUCUCCAUGAUAAAAUCAUUUAACCACUACUAGAUUUGUUAGAAUGAGUUUUGUUUUAAUAAAAAAAAACAAAGAAUCUAUUUUAAUCCUGAGAUAUUAAUGUUUUUUUUGAUAUAACAUACAUUGGGAUUUAGAUUGUUCAAUUAUACAAUCAACUGAAACUAUCAUUUCUUUAUUAAAUUAACCAACUAUUUCUAUAUUAAAAUAGUUAAGCUAAUAAUAUUAUAAUAAAGUAUAGUUGAGUUGCAACUCAUAAUAACUCAGAUCUUCAUCACACAAAAAACUUGACAAUUGGAAUUUAUUUUUGGCCUCCAGAAAUUCUUGUAAAACUUAAUGUAUAUGUCUCUCAAAUAUAAAUAGCUUAGAUGUAAUAAUAAGCAAUAUCUUUUCUUCAAAAAACAUAUUCCCAUGUAAAGUAUCAAAAAAGAUAUUAAGUUCUUAGGAUUAAAAUAGAUCCUUUGUGUUUUUUUUUUUUUUUGAAAAAUCAAUUCUAAAUAAAAUUUAAAUUCUAUUUUUUAUUCCUUUGUACUCUAUUUUCAUUGAUUUCAUGCAAUAUUUUUGAUAUUAUAUAUAAAAACGUCAUGCACCUAAGUAUUAAUUAUUAUUAUAUGGCACAAGAUGGUGUCCCUAAGGAAAUUGGAAAUUAGCAAAAUAAGGACCAUCUUAAUAUCCAUAUAGGUUAAUGAAGAAGAACAUAAAUUUAUGACUGAAAAUAUGAAUUCAUUUACUACAACUGAAAAUAAUAGUGAUUAUUUUAAAGUUCGUUGGAUGCAAGUUUUGGAUUUAGUUCGUAAUAGAAAAGUAUUCCUUUGUGAUGGAUUUGCUUAUGUCUUACAAACUGAUGUUAUUUCUGGUAUUUGUCAAACAUUUAGGUCAGAACUUUCUCAAGAAUUAAUGGUCAGUUAAAUUUUUUAAUUUGCAUGUAAAUAUUAAUAUAAGCAACUUAGUUAUAACUUAACAACCAUAUUUGUGUUUAAAUUAUGUUUGUAUUUAGUAUAUACUAUUUAUUUCAAAAUUAUUAUAACAGUGCAAUGAUAUAAAUAUUUGUUUUUAGAAAUGUUUUCAAAAAUUCAAUUUAAUAUGUGAUGAUGAAAGAUUUGGAGCUUUUAUCAAAUAUUUACAUCAGUCAUAUAUUGGAAAAAAUUACUCAGUUUCAGAAAAUAUGUCCACAUUAUCUAUAAAUAAUAUUGAUCAUGUAAGUUUAUAUUAAAUUUUGUCAGCUGAAUAUUAUAUAAAUAUGUGUCAUAUUUGGAAAAAUAUUAUGGAUAAUAAAAUAAUUUGGAGAAACUGAAAAAGGUUAAUAACUGUUUCUAUUAUUUUCCAUUUUAUUUUUUUAAUUUUUUUUUUUUUUUUUUUGUUCUAAUUAGGUUAAAAAAAUGUGUAGACCUAAAAUUCACAUAAUACUUAUAUUACUCUUUUUAGGAUGUGAAAAAAUAAUAAUAUUCUGGCAAUAUUUGAUUUAUUUAUAGUGAUUUAAAAUGUUUUAGUUUUAUUUAGCUUUUUUUGUGAAUAAAAUGUUUUUUAUGAGCAGAAAUGCUUGGAAAUUUAACACAAAGUCAAUGGACUUCAAUAAAAUUGUCUUAGUGGUCAACAAAAAAAAAAGUUAAGCACAGUAUAAUAAUUUUUGAUGUGUUCUAAUUUCAAAUUUUGAUUCAUAAAAGUUAUACCAUUUUCAAAGCAGCUGAAUGAUUUUGGUUUAUAAUUUAAGUGAAGAGAAUGUUCGAAGUGUUAAGUAUAUUUGAGUAAAAACUGUUUUGCUUUUAUUUUUAUUUAGGCAUCAAAAGAUUCUUUUCCACUAUGUAUGAAACGUUUACAUGUAGUUUUAAGAAGUGAACAUCAUUUAAAACAUCAAGCUCGUCAACAGUAUGGUUUAUUUUUGAAAGGUGCUGGUCUGUCAUUAGAACAAGCUUUAACAUUUUGGAGAUCAGAAUUUACAAAAAAAAUUGAUGUAGAUAAGGUGAAUAUUCGUUUUAUUUUUUUAGCAGUUCAUAUAAUAAAUGUAUAUAAUGCUAUGGCCAAUGUAACAUAUCAGCAAAGUGUACUUUGCUAAGGUAAUGUGUCUUUCCAUAUAAAGUGACUGCCACUAUUUCACCAUAAAUGUGUGAAUAUUUAACACACAAUAGUUUAUUUAUACAGUUUUUAUUUUAUGUAAAUUAUAAAUUAUUUAUAAAGAAAUCAUAUUCAAAUUAUAAAUUAAAUAAAUAAUUUAAUUAAAAAUGUUGUUAAAUUUUUAUUUUGCUUCAAAUUGUUUGUUCAAACUAUCAAAAGAAUUUAGAUUAUAUUAACAAUUUAUUACUAUUAGUUCAAUUUAAGAAAAUAAUAUGUACUAAAAUAAUCCACAUUAAUUUAUUUAUUCAAAUUCAUAUGACAUAACAAAAAAAAUUUAGUUAGUCAUUUUUUCCUUUUAAAUAAUAUUAUAAUUCAUACAUUUCCCUAACCUAUAUUUGUGUAUUUAGUUAUAAUAAAUAUGUUUUUCUUUUUUUUUUUUAGUUUGAUAAACAAUAUAGUUACAAUAUUAGACAUAAUUAUGGUAAAGAAGGAAGAAAAACAAACUAUACACCAUACAGCUGUAUGAAAAUUAUUAUGGGUGCUGUAGGUUUUGAUGAAUAUCAUGGUUGUCCUUAUAAACAUACUAGUAGUCAAGCAUUAAAACAAUUACUGGAGUUUUCUAAUAUUUCAGCUCAAUGUAAUAAAUAUUAUUAGUUGUUUAUAUAAAUAAAUGAUUAAAUAAUUUUAAAACUAAAUUAUUAUAUUUUAUCUAGGUAUACAAGAUAUUCUAAAUCUUUCUCAAAAUGGACAUUAUCAAAUUGCUUGCACGAAGUAUUUUGAAGCAAAACAUGGUGCAUUACCUUCUGCAACGGCUAUUAAUCACCCAAACCAAUUCUUCGAAGAAAGUCAAAAAGUGAAAGGUCAUAGUAAUGAUGAUUUGAUUCCUAAUAUUUGUAAGUUAUUUUAAAUUUAUUACAUUAAUUUGUAUGUGUAAUUCAUAUUUUGAUUCUUUUAAAGCUCAAGCAAAUACUUCAAUGAAAGAUGAUAUCAACAAUACUUUGACAAAAGAUGAUAUUAGCAAUGCAGAUUUUGACCAGUCGAUAAUUGAUGGAUUUGUUGAUAAGAUGGAUUGUGAUUAAUCCACCACUUGAAAACCUAAUAUAAUCAGACUUUUAAACAAAAAUUAUAAUUUUCUACUUUUAAUUUAGCUUAUUUGUGAUGGAUGUCUUCUUCUUGGUUUAAAAAUGUUAACAAUAGAUAAAUUUUUAAUUAGUAAUUUUUUUUUACAUCAUUUCAUUUUUUCAUUAACAUAAUCUGUUACAUUAUAGGUUUAUUAUACCAAAAGCUUUACUGUAGUAUGUAUAUCACACAAAUUAACAAAUAAACAUCAAUCAUGUAUACUGAA